AUGCCUCCCUGGAACAGGCAGCUUGGCCCACUGGGCCAGGCGCAGAAACAAGGAGACGCGCUAAAGAAGAAAACUGACCAAGUUAUCAAAGAAGCGACAAAGUUAGUCAACAACAAAAAGCUUGAUGACAGAGACAGCCGGCUAGACAAAAUGUACAUCCUGUGUUUAGAGACGAAACAAUUGGUUCAGAAUCAUUAUGACCACAUUGGCGGACUCAAGGAAGCUGAUGAGCUUAGCAAGUCCAAAGAUUAUGACCAGAAGAAAACCACAGAACUCAAUAGGAUGAGUGUCAUCAAG